AUGGCUAAGCGCAAACAGAACAACGAAAGCGUCUCUGACGAUGAAUCCUCAGACGUUAGCAUGAUCAACGUCGAUUUCGACUACUUCAAUCCAAACCCUGAUGUUGAUUAUCAGGCCAUAAAACGACUUCUGGGCCAGCUGUUCCAACGAGAUGCAGACGCAUUCCAUCUACAUGAGCUCACUGAACUCAUUCUGAGUCAACCCGGUAUCGGCUCGACGAUCAAAACGGAUGGAAAAGAGAGCGAUCCGUACGCUCUGUUGACGGUUCUGAACAUGCAUAUGCAUAAGGAUCACCCAUCUAUCAAAGCUCUUACCUCUUACAUCCUCGAAAAAUCUUGCUCGAACUCUAGUUUCCACAGUUACCUACACGGGCUUUUCUCUCAGACCGAAAAACAUGUUGGACUGGUCAUUUGCGAACGCCUAGUUAAUAUGCCCGUAGAAACCAUUCCUCCGAUGUAUCGCAUGUUGACCGACGAGCUCAAGGCAGCCAUAUCUCAGAACUCGGCCUUCCAAUUCACCGAUCUAAUUUUCAUAUCCCGAACAUAUCAUCUCACGGAAGAAGACGAGUCUUUCUUGAUCAAUAACGCCACAGUCAGGACUUCUUCCAAGAAACGUUCCAAAAAGUCACAGGAACCACCCGAGGAAAAGAGACCUGCCGAUGGGAUAUAUGAUUUCCACCCUGAAGACGUUCACAUAAAAGCAUUGGCGAGCUACUGUGCAGACUAUGAAUUUAACAGAGCCCCGAGCGAACCUCGAGACAAGGAAUCUUUUGGGCUCGAUACACGAGCCAGGGUGAUCAUUGUUCCAGUAUCUCGGUUUGAGGAACUCGUGAAGCGAAUGAAUGCAGCAUAUGCGGUUAACGGAUCUUGA